AUGCCGUACUGCUCACCGCCACUGAUGAGUCCACCGGUUUGUUCAUGCCCGCCGGCCUAUGGAUGUGGUCAAUAUGGAUGUUAUAGACUUCGGGCUCGAGGAUCCAAAAAUUUUCAGCCUUACAGAAGUCGUGGCGAAGAUGUACCUACAGCUCACGCUCUUCACGACUUCAGACAAGAAGAAGCCUUGGAAAAAGUCCGGACGAAACCGUUGGAGGAACUAGACGAGUACGAUAUUCUGGCUGCAGCAUCGCCAUCAGUUGCGGAACUUCGCAGGAAUCCAAACAGAAGAGUGAAUCCAAAUGAAGCCUUCUAUGAAUGCUGUUUAGACCGACAACUUCCAGAUGCAUGUUUAAGGAAGUGCAACUUUAAUUCAUAUACUAAAGACACGGUAUCAGGAUAA